UAGGCGACGCCGCGGCGGCGGCGGGCCCGGGGCGCGACGGGAGCGGAGCGGGGCGAGGUUAAUGUCACCGGACGGCCGCCGGGGGCUUCUCCCAGGGCUUGCGCCUCGCCCUGCCGUGGGGCGCGGAGGUGGAGCCCGUGGGUGGGGACAGAGCCCGGCGGGGGCCCCGGGGGACAGGUGCCUGGCAUCGGGCCCCGGGUGGAGCCCGCGGGGCGGGGAAGGCCCGGCCCUUGGGAGAAGCGAAGGCCUGCUGUCCCCAGCGCUGGCACUGCCUGUCCUCAUCGCAGCCGGGGUUGGGGCUUGGCGCCCCAUGGCAGCUGGUGGUGGAGUGGGAGACGAGGGGAGAGAGGGUGAAGUUUUUCUCCUCACCGGCCACUUUUCCUCGGCAGCUCGGCGGCCCCCUCCCCGAACGCCCGUGAUGGAGAAGUACCAUGUCCUGGAAGUGAUUGGGGAAGGCUCCUUCGGGCGCGUGUACAAGGGGCGCAGGAAACACAGCGCCCAGGUGGUGGCCUUGAAGUUCAUCCCCAAGGUGGGGCGAUCUGAGAAGGAGAUGAAGAACCUGCAGCGGGAAAUUGAGAUCAUGAGAGGCCUCUAUCACCCCAACAUCAUCCAGAUGCUUGACAGCUUCGAGACUGACAAGGAGGUAGUGGUGGUGACUGACUACGCAGAGGGGGAACUCUUCCAGAUCCUGGAGGAUGAUGGGAGUUUGCCCGAGGACCAGGUCCAGACCAUAGCUGCCCAACUGGUCUCUGCUCUCUAUUACCUGCACUCACACCGCAUCCUGCACCGUGACAUGAAACCCCAGAACAUCCUGCUGGGCAAAGACGGCGUGGUCAAGCUCUGUGACUUCGGCUUUGCCCGUGCCAUGAGCAUCCACACCAUGGUGCUGACCUCUAUCAAGGGCACCCCACUGUACAUGUCCCCUGAGCUGGUGGAGGAGCGGCCAUACGACCACACGGCAGAUCUGUGGUCUGUGGGCUGCAUCCUGUAUGAGCUGUUCGUGGGCACACCUCCCUUCUACACCAGCAGCAUCUUCCAGCUCGUCAGUAUUAUCGUCAAGGACCCCAUCAAAUGGCCUGCGGCCAUAAGCCCAGACUUCAAGAGCUUCCUGCAAGGACUACUAAUGAAGGACCCCUGUCAGCGCCUGUCAUGGCCAGAGCUGCUCUCUCACCCCUUCAUUGCUGGACGGGUUACUGUGAUUGAUGACACAGAAGAGCAUGGGAUCUCAAACCCCUUUACCACCAAGCUGUCCCCAGAACUGCAGGCCCUGAAGGAGCAUCAAGCCCAUUCCAUGGCCCCCAGGAGUGGUCAGUCCAGGAUCCUGAGAAAGGCCCGGCAGAAGAUGGUUGAGGACGCACAGAAAAAGGGGCAACUGAAGGCACGUGAUGCAUCUACAAAGGUCUCUAGCAAAGGAUGCUCUGGGCAUAGACCCAGAGCAGCUCCUGGGAAAGCAGCCCUUAGGGAGGGGGAGCUGCCGGCUGCUUCCAACAAGAAGAACCCCAGCGUCCUGCAAGGAAAGAGCAGCAUGGCAGAAUGGGAGUUGGAGGAGCCUCCUCCCAACCCAUGGGAGCACAACAUCACUCAAGACUAUGAGAGGGAGUUUCCUGGAGUGGAUGCCCCUCUGCAGCCUGGUGCUGGCAGGAACGAGACCCAGGGCAAGCACAGCAUUGAGACUGUGGACCUGGAGAGUGAGGAGCCGGAGAGCGAUGAGGAGUGGCAGCACCUGAUUGAGGCCACUGAGCCCUCGGCCAUGCAGCUGAGCACACCACUGAGCCUCCUGAAGGACCCAGCUUUCCAGCAUCGUGUCCAGGCCCGCCUGGCAGACUCUACUCAGCAGGUGCUGGAAGGGAUGCUGGAGGGAGCCUCCCGUCUCCGUCCUGUGCUCCGUGUCAUGGGCAACCUCCUGGCUACCCAAUGUGACUCUGAGCUGCUGGGCCACUUCUGCAGAGAGCUGAAUGUGCCUCUGUCCCUGCUGUGUCUAACCAAGCAGAUCCUGGAGAGUGGUAGCAUCAAGCAGCAGCCCUGGGGUAUCACAGUGCUGACAGACCUCCUAAUGGUGACCACAGUUUAUUUCAGCUGUGAAUGCAGCCUGGAGGAUAGUGGGCAAAAGGACAGCCUGCAGGUCUUCCAGGAGAGUGCUGGCUGCUUCCUAGCCCUGCUGCCAGAGCUGCUGGCUGAGCCAGCGGACAGCAAGAUGAGGCUCUGCCAGCAAAGCCUCCUGUGCUUCAUUCUGCUCUGUGAGAGCCUGGAUGCAACAUACCCCUCUGUCUCUGCCCCCUUCUAUGCCAGCCUUCGAGAGGAGGAUCAGCCACUGCUGAACAGACUGCUUCAGGGAUCCACCUCAGAGCAGCCUGCUCUGCAAGGUGCAGCGAUGGAGGCCGAGUCAGCCCAUGACCAGAGCCCAUCUGUGGCAGACCUCUUCAUAGCUGCAUUGGCUGCUGCUUGCAGCAUCCCUCUGGAGAGGAAUGGCUGUCGGGAAGCCAAGCAGCAGGUCGCUCAGGAGGUAGCUGGAAAGCUUAUGGAGAGGGAGAGCCAGCAGCUUGGGAGACUGCUGGGGAGACUGGAGCACCCAAGCUGCUCCUUGAAUGUGCUGAAGAUCCUCUAUGCUGGCUGCCAUGCCAGCCUGAGCCUGUGUCAGCACUUGGGAAGGAGCCAACAACUCUGCAGUUCCCUCAUGCAGCUCUUGAAGGGCGAGGUCCCCAUGGUGGAGGUGGCCCAGGGGGCAGCCUGUGAGGCCUCUCUGUACCUGCUGGCCUUGCUCACCCUGCAGCUCCAGGCCUCCCCUCCCAGGCCUGAGGAGUUCGUUACCCUGGCUAUGGAUCUCAUCACCCAACCUCCUGUUGUCUCUCUUGUGGGUGCUGCAGCAUUAUUCCUGACACAGCUCAGUCAGCAUGGGGUAGCCUUGGAGCUCGGAGGAGAAGAGAUCCUACUGGUGAUGACAGAUGUGCUGGCAGCACCUGCUGAGCUGCAGUUCUCCCCACCAAUGGGCGCUGGUCUGUACGAUGGGCUUUUUUUCCUCCUGCUGAAGCUCCUUUCCCAGGAGGAUGUGGCCACGGGACAGGGCUUUGCCACCACAGAGCUGUGGAGUGUGGUGUGGCAUUGUGUUGCUGUGGUGCUUCGUGUGGGCAGCAACAGGGCAGCACUGGAGGGAGACCCCCCAGAGGCAGGUCACCCCGCUGCGGAGCCAGACUGGAACCUCCUUUCCCCUCAAGGCACUCUGCUCUUCCUCAGCCUGGCCCUCUUUGUCUUCACUCGUGAGUCCCACCGGUGCCUGCCUCAGCUCACCCAGUCCCACGGUGUUCUCAUGGUGACACUGAAGAGGCUGCUGUCCCCUGAUUUCCUGGCAUGCCUGGCACAGACGCAAGCAGGAGACGAUGGGGACCCUGAGCUUGUCCCAGCUGUGGUAAUCCAGGCCUGCCAGCUCCUCUGUUUCCCUUUUGCCCUGGAUGUGGAUGGAGACACCUUAGCAUUGGUCAUGGAGGCUGUGAGAGACACCCAGAUCCCUGCCCAGCUGCUGCAGGUCUGCUCUCGCCAUUUGCCCUUUUCAUACACUGAGCUCCCCAUGAGCCUUCUGUGCCACCUCGUUGUGUGUGAUGAGCAAGUUAUAGACCAAAUGGUGAGGGAAGCUGCCACCUCAGAGCACAUCAUUGCCUUCUUGACAUCUGCCUUGUUUUCAGACAGCCUCACACUCACAACUGACCUCCUGUCUCUCUUGACCCAUGUGGCCCGGGCCUGUCCGGAGCACCUGCCCUUUCUCCAGAGGAUCCUGAGGGGCUCAGAUGUGGCCAGCCAACCACUGACCCACCUGCUUGGCCACGAGCAGCACCUGAUACGGGCCAAAACCUGCAACCUACUGGGCAACCUGCUCCGACAUGACCACGGCUUUCCCCAGGCACUGCAGAGCCAGCCUGACUUGCUGGAGAGCCUGCUGGGGUGCCUGGUGGACCAGGAGGAGAGCGUGCGCAAGGCAGCCAGCUUCGCAGUGGGCAACGCCGCCUACCAUGAGUCCUCCCCGGCUGGGACCCUGGGCAGGGCUGUGCCCAGGCUGACGUGGCUGUUGAGUGACACACAGACCAGGACACGCUGCAACGCGGCCCUGGCCCUGGGCAACCUGGGCCAGCGCUGGGCAGAGCUGGGGGGCCUGCUGAUCGAGAGCCGGGCCCCCCAUGUCCUGCUGGAGGUGGCCUGCCAGGACCCACAGGAGAGUGUGCGGGAGGGAGCCCUCAUUGCACUGCGGGCCCUCAGCCAGCACCCCGGGACACAGCAGGUCCUGCUGUCCCUCGGAGCCACUGAGAAGCUGGCUGCGCUGGCCAGCGGCGACCCGCAGCCCGCUGGUGGCGGAAACCCCCGGCCACCUUCCGCUCGGCACUACGAGGAGCUCCUGCGCCUCCUCGUACCCCUGCGCAGCACCUGCGGGAGCGGCCCCCCGGAUCCCGGCAAACCUGCUGCCCCCCGCCAGCGCUGAGGGCGCCGGGGCUCGGCCUGACGCUGCCUCCAGCGGGACGGGACAGGCGCUUUCUUCCUCUUCCUCUUCCUCCUCCUCGGGCUCCAGCCCCGACCUGCCGUCGCACCCCCUCGGUCCGCCCGAGGGGGACCCUGCCCGGCCAGCCUUCCCCGUGGGAAGCCGUUCCUGGAAAAGUCCCUGCAGCCCCCAAGACACCACCUCUUUCCAAGCGGCCUCCCGUGCCGUGCCGGCCCACCGGAACCUUCGCGCCUCCGCCUCGGGGCAGCCCCGCGGCGGGCGCCCGCGCGCGCCACGCCAGGCCGCCAGGGGGCGCCGCGGGAGGGGCAGCCCGCCGGCGCGGGGGCUGCUGGGAGGUGUAGUCACGUGGCGCCGCCGCCCCGGAUCCCUAUGGUAACGGCGGGGGGGUGCGGCGGCGCCGGGAGCAGCGGGGCCCGGGGGUGCCGGGCGGGCGGUGAGUACGGGAGGGGCGGGCCCGCGUAUGCCUCCCCUUUAGGGAGCGUGGGCCCCUUGGUCCUCUCCGCUGCCUCCCUGGGCUUCCGGCCCUCCCUGCCCCGCCGCCGUGCCCCCGGCACCCGCCCGGCCCGGGCCCGAGGAGGUGCCUUGCCCAGCCUCGGGCCUGCCCGCGGGGGCUCGCCGCGGCCUCGCCCUCUGUCCCCUCGGGGCGCGCCGGGCUGUGCCCCGCGGGGCUGGGGAGACGGCGCGUGGGUGCGCGGCGGCGGCGGGGUGGGCUGGGGUCGGCCAGGCCGGCGUGACUGGGGCAGGUCGGAGCGUCUCGGUAGCGCCUUUGGCCUCAGAGACCUUCACCUGAAGAAACGAGAAACAGUGUGUGCCCUGGGCAAGCGCCAGGGAGGAAGAAGAGCUGGCUUCCUGCGAGCCACGGCCCCAGUGAGCCUCCGGUGGCACUUGGAGCCGCAGUGGGGAUGGAGCGGGUCUUGACCGGACCCGAGUGGGGCGCUGGGGCCCAGCCUGGCUGUUAAUCUUUCUGCCGGGGGCUUGGCUGCUCUGGUGGUGUAAAAAGGAGCCAUUGGGUCUGAAAGGUGAACGGCAGAGGUGUGAGAAGAGUUGAGACGAGUCUGGAGUGUUUCCUGAAUGCCUCCAGGGUCCAGCCUGGGAAUGAAUGGCACAGGAGUAGGGAAGCCCUGUGGUGCCGUGCCAGCCUGCGGUCUCCCUGCCCGGCUGGGCUGCUGGGUAUCUCGUGGAGGCAGAGUUCAGCCCCACAGCUACACAUCAGAACCCUCCUCCCUACAUGACUCCCUGCAAAGUGGUUUCUCAUUGCUGUGUGCUCCUCACUGAACGUGCCUGGGACAUCUAGUGGCUCCUAGGCAGUUUGGGGGAAUUAACAGCAAAUUGUUGGUCUGAUUACAGUUUUAUCUAGUAGUUUUUCCUUGACUCUUACUGGAUGUACCCAGCAGAUAAUGGUACUUGUCUGUCUUGCGUUGCUGUCUUGCUGCAGUCCUUAAGUUCUGUAUUGGCAGGUUUUUAUGACAGAUCUGCCUCUCCUGCUCUUUGGUUGUGCCUGGGGCCCUUCUCAGCACAGCAGGGAGCACAUUGCGAGGAUGACACUGAUGGGGGCCAAAUGCCACCGGCCCCAGAUAAUUAUGCCUGCAUGGAGAUGUUGUGUCACCGAUGCAGGUCAGGCAGGGGCUUUGGCUGCCCUACUGGCCUGGCUGGGUGCCAUUCCUUGGCAUUUCCCAGGUUCCUUCUCUGCAGCAAGUCUGUGGGAGUUUUUGGCAGCUUCUUCCCAACUUGAAUCUCUGUUUCUGCUCCACUCCUGAGCUCUGAGAGACUGCUGUAUGGAGUGAGGUGGUUGCAGUGACUCCAGAAGAAUCUUUCCCACCCCGGUCGAGACAUGGAAGGAUCCUCAUCACAUACUGAAGGACAGACCUGGGAACUUUUUCUUCCAGUUCCUGACAUGUUUCAGGAAAAAAGGACAGACAAAGAAUUGAUGCGUUUUGAACUAAUUAGGUAGUUCUUGUCUCCUUGCUAUGUGUUGGUACUUUAUACUUGUUCCAUUCACCCCAAGUCUUCUGCCUUUAUUUUAUUUCUCUGCCAAAGGCUGAGAGUGUGGUCAGGCUACCUAAAACCAGACCAAGCUGUGCUGACCACCUGUCAGUUCCUGUGCUGGUGGCCAAGCUCUCCCCAGGUCUCACUGCAUAAUUCUCCUGUACCUUUUCUCCCAUUGUGAAGCUCAGUUGAGACUGCUACCCCUUUGGUUCACUGUCUGCUUGGCUCUUCAGGAAGGUGCUUUAGACUUCCUUGCUGAAAGGCUGUAAAACACCCCAUGCUUUAGCUGGUUGCUUUUAACCCAGGCUCAUUUUCCUGCUCUAAUUUAUGCUGCAAUACAACUCCUCCUGUAGCACGGAAGUUGAGGAAGUAUGAAUCGGGGAUGGGAGCGAGGACGGGGACUUCCCUGCUUCCCUGCUGGGGAAACAGAGCUGGGCAGUCUGCUGUCAGUGUGUGGCAGGUUCCCUUCGGUGGCCUGGGGACUCUCAGGGUGGAAGAGCUGAUAUCCCUUAGUAACUAUGGGGAGUCCAUGCACUUGACCUUUCGCCCUUUGGUGAGGCACUCUCACUCUCUGGUCACAGCCAGGUCAGCCUGCCUGGGGCGAGCACAGAGGCAGCCCUUUAUUUUAGAUGUCUCUGGUGCGCUCUCUCCAUGGCAAAGCUGUGGCCCUGGAUUUUCUGCCUAGCCACGCUGGAGUCCCUCACCUGAUCUGACACUGUGCUCCCAUGCCCUGAGAGUGGUCUGAAAGUCGUGAACUUGAAUGUGUGAGCCUUCAGUCCUCAGCACAGCCUGUGUGUGUGUGGAGGGAGGCAUUUUCUGCCUCGCAGAGCGAGACAGUUACUGGAUUCCAGCUCUCCCGUGGCUUGGUCCAGUGCCCUGCUGCCCGUAAGGUCUGCCUCCCUCCUUGCCACCCUGGAAACAGAGGUGUGCACUAGAGCUGCCCUGCUCUUCUUGCAGGGUAGCACUCUGCUUAAUUAAAGGAUCAUUUUGGGUAGCCAUGCACUUCUCAUGCCUUCUCUGUUCAGUGCAGAGUGGAGUUCAGCACCACAGCUGUUGAAUUGAAAUGACUAGCCCCAGCACAAAUGCCAGGCACAAAUGUAAUCCCGGGAGGCAGGUGGAAUUUGCUGACGCAUCCCCAUGGUGGGUGGUUUCUCACUGGUAUCUUUCUGACCUGAGUGGCCAAGCAAAAGCUUGCAGUCUUGAUUAAAAGAGAAACUGGCUGUCAUCCUGUGCCUCCAGUUUUGUACCCAAAACCUAGUGCUACAGGACAAUACUAGAGCUGAGAGAGAGCAGCAACGCUUAACUGUGUGGCAAAGCAGCACACCAGGCUGUUGGUCCCAUUGCUGCUGGCAUUUCUGUGGUGGCUGAGCUGUCUUGUCCUCAUAGACUCCUUCUGAUGGCCAGCAGGACCCUCUGCUCUUCGGCUUGAACUUGUGGGUAGCCUUGGGUGCUCCUUUGCCUCCUUGUGUGACUGCACUUGAGGCCUCUUGUUUCCUGGAUCUGAUGUAGGUGAGGGUUGUUUCCAUGCUGUUGAAACCCGAGAGUUUAUAUCUAGCUACCAGGUGUAAGAGCAGCUUUAGGUGCUCUCAGUCAGUUGGUUUCAGAUCAAUGUGCUUGAUCUUGUUGAAAGUUUUUACAUUUUUGUAAGGGGUACAAACCCUUAUUUUGAAAUAUCUGAUUGAAGUAUAUUGAUUUUAAAACCUGUUUAUUUUGUUAACUUGCUUAUUCAAGCUUUAAUCGAAAGCCCCAGAACUGCAAGUGAGGAACUUGGUGUGAACUCAGGUCUCAUUUAGAAAAAGAUGUUAUCCUUUCUAUUCAUAAAGAACAGAAAUUGCGCCCUGCAACGGCACAGAAAACAAUAGCAAAUCACAGUUGUCUGACACACACGCACACACCCCCUUUGUGACUUUGGGCUGCAUGAGGCUGAUGGUACUUUAUCAGGUCGGCUAGCAGCUCAUACAUUUGCAAGCUCUUGUUAUUUUAAGUGUGUCACCACAGCUGCAUUUAAAAUAAUCUCUCCAGCCAAACUCACAUGAUGGAGGGAUGAUGUGCACACCUGGGCUCUUACUCUCUUAUCCUUUCCUGUUAGAAACGGGUCUGUGAGGAGCUGCUGUGCUGCUGUUGAAGGAGCACAUGCUGCAGGGAGGCUCAGGCUGGAGGAAGGGACUUCUGCUGAUGCUCACUGGGGUAUGCAUGGUGGCCUUACGUGCCUGUGAUGUGACAUUUAUAAAGGCUGUGGCAGUGCUCCAGCUGACGUCCUGAAGCUUGUGAGCAGGCUGUGUGAUAAUAAAAGGUGCUAGCAAAAUAAUUGUGAGUGCAGCUGUAGCGUCACUCCAACAGUGACAGCUUUGGCCUCUAUAUCGUGUGUAAGUAAGUCCAAGCCAAAAUCCAUUGAUUACUAGUAAUGAUGUUUGUGUUUGACUUGCAGUGUGAACAGUUCACCCUGGGCUUUUCCCAGCUCAUGUUUCUACAAUAAAAUUUCCAAGUGUAGUUUUA